AUGACUACCUUAUUAUUUGAUCCUAUUUACAUGACCUAAAGUCGAUAACUCAUAUUAUAAAAUACUACAUCCUACUUUAGCAAUUAUUAAUUCAGUUAAGCAGGCAUAAUUACACAGGAAACAGCUUGUAAAAACAAAAUCAGGAUAAGAAAUACACAGUCUUGCAGUGUUUCUUAGAUUGCUAUUUAUAGGGUUGGAAUAAAAAAUUAUAGAAAGAAAGCGUUGGAUCUCAAAUUUGAAUAGGAUUUUAAGGCUAAUAAUUAAAAAAUAAUUGAAUAUUUCAUCAGUAAAGUCGACUAUACGAACUGUAUUAAUGCAGACAAGAAGGCAUACUUAUACAAUAAAAAAACUAUCCAAAAAGAUGAGGAUAUCAAAUUUGCAAACUAAAAAAUGUUAAACCUGAUGAAGAUAAGGAAGUUAUCUGUUUAUUUAGGUAUGUUUGAUUAGAUAUUGAGAUUUGAAAAACCAAUCACCACUAGAAAUAGAUUAUUUCAAGAACAGACAGAAUUUUUGAUGCUUCUAUAUUUAGCUUAGAGGAUAAAGAUCUUUCAAGGUAAAUAUGUAGGAGUGAGAGGAGAUGAAGAAGAACUCCAAUAAAUAAUAGGAACUAGAAUUCAAGAUGUUAAUAAAGCUAGAUAAUUAUCAAGUGCCAAACUAUCAUAUUCAGUAUUGAAGGAAUUCAUUAAAUCGAAUGAAAAACAUUUUAUUAUAGGCCCAUAAAUAGAUGAAUAGGGAAAUGUUUGUUUGAAGAAUGUGUAAUAAUUCUUAGAAUGGGGGCUUGGUUCGCGAAUGAAUCCAGAUCUGUCUAGAUUAAAGUAAAUUGAGAUUGACCGAUAUGUAAGGAUUAAAGUGUUAUUUUAGUGA